AUGAGUAAAACAUCAUCGUCCAGUAAUUCUUUUGACCCUUGUAUAAUAUGCUCAAGUAAAUAUAAUCGAAUUCGACAAUCUUUAUGUCAAUGUAAACAUUGCUCUGCAUCAUUUUGUUUUGAUUGUAUGAAAGAUCAUAAUGAUGAACUAGAAAAAAUUCUUGCGCAAGUUUCAGACCGACAUAAUGAACUCAAAGAAUUAAUAAAUACAAAAAAAUUAUUAAUUCAAAAUGAAACUAUGAAAUCAAAACAACAGUUGACUAAAUGGCUCAAAACAUACAUUGAUAAUCUUACUGUUGAAAAAUCAAUAAUUGAUAUGAAUAUUGACAAAGCAGAAAAAGAUGCACAAAACUUUAUUCUUGAUAUUGAAUCAGAAUUACAGGCUUUCAGUCAUGAUACUCAAGUUUUCACAAAAAAUUCUGUUUUUCAAUCAGAACAUAUGAUGCAAGUUUUAGAAAAACUUAAUGAACUGAUUCAACGAUUAACUUCUUUAGUAAUGAUAAGAGAAUAUGACUUACCAUCAACAAUGCCACAAUAUAUAUUUAAAUUUAAUUAUUCUUCAAAAUCGACAACUAAAAAUUCUGAGCACACAUCAAAUACUUCUCAAAAUCAAAAUCAAAAAAGUUUCAAUACUAAUGAGCAAUCGAACACCGAGGAAAACUAUCAAUCUGACUCAUCUCUUUCAGAUGAAGGAACUUCUACAAAUGCAAACAAUGAUUUUUUCUUUCCCGAUGAAAAUUAUUUUUGUAAUCGAAAUAAAUUUGAAUCUACAUCAUACAUUGUUAAUUGUAUGGCAAGCGAUGGAAUAAAUAUAAUGUAUUCGACGAUUGAAGAUGCACAACAUGAACGUAUUGCAUAUUGUUAUUUAGAUGAAAAAAAUAGCCAUUAUCGGCAAGUUGAUCCGCAACGAAUUUGGAAUCAAUCACGUAUCAUUGAUAUGAUAUGGUGGAAAAGUAUCAAUAAAUUUAUCUGUGCUACAAAAAAUGGAAUUUAUACGAUUGAAUACUUUGACAAAUGUUUUCGAAUUUUAAAUGUUAUUAAUAAUCGUUGGACACGAGUGUGUGUAGCAGCUAACACUAAUCAUAUAUGGAUUUACGCAGAUGAGAAAAUCAAUAUUUAUAAUAUAAGUUUUCAACUAGUACGACUAAUCAAUUUUAAAAUUUCACGUUCAUUAACAUGUGCUAGUUUCUGUAUAACUGAUAAUUUUGUUGCAUUUGCUUUGAUUCGUCGUAUAGAAAAUGAUCGGGAUCUGUUACAAAUUGAAUUUUAUGAUAGUGAUAUGAAAAAAAUAAAACGUGUUCGUUUGGGAUUGAGUGAAACUUCGUGUUUAAUUCGAACUGAUGGAAAUAAUCGAUUUUAUGUUGCUAUGGGACAACAACGAUUUUAUAUUGUUUCACCAAAUGGAAACAAACAAAUAAUUAAUCUUGGAAAACAAGCCAGUUGCCUUGCUGUAGUCAAUAGUCGAAAUAUUGUUCUUACUAAAUUGCGUUCGGAAUUAGAGCUUGUGACAUGUUAA